GUACACUUAGUCAAGGUCGUCGCAAAGGGGGGCAGCGAGGGGCAGCAACCCAUAAGUUCUUUGACUAAGUAAAUAAAUUUCAAAAUUAAGCUUUUACGUAAUUGCAAACAGCCAACGGAGUACACUCUUUGGCGAUAAAGUUUUGGUGUUUGCCCAAAUGUUUCUUUUCUUGAGAUUUAGAAAGCAAACAAGACGCGUGCGUUUGUGCCAAUAUUUGAUUUUAAAAAGGAAAGGUAUAUACAUAAAUGAUAGGUUCUGCCACCAAAAUAUCAUUAUUGAUUUCAAGUUUGUAAGAUGAAGUUCUUCGCUAUCAUAUUCCUUCUGUGCGGAAUCGUUGGACUUGUCGCGUCCUCCACAACGACCACGGAAGGAUCUUUUGGCUCUUCUACUUCUACCCAAGCACCUUCAUUAUCCCCUUGUGGAGUUGGACCCUGCGGCCCCUGUGGACCCGGAGGAGUUGGCGGGGUUGGUGGACCUUGCGGCGGCAAGAAGCUAUACUUCUUCUAUUAAUAAAGUCUUAAGACUUCACGAAUUACGAAUAAAAAUAUUAUAAUUUCAACAAGAGGUGCAACUUAACAGAUU